CGUAUCAAUCAUAUCGAAAUAUCGAAUUAGGCGGUAUUGGAGGCCACGACUGGUACAGGAAUCCCGCCGUCCCAGGCCCAGGCAAUGAAGACGUGAUGUACCUACAUAAUAUAUUAAAAUCAAGAUCCAUAAGACCAUAACAAGGACGUGCAGUAAUACCAAGACUAGUCAACGCCUGGUAUAAUAUUUUGUUUUUGCACCAAACGACAAAGUACAAAUAAAAAGGGUGCAUUUGAAGUCUGUCGGUCAAAUAUUGUAUGGCUGUUAAACGUGAAAAGUAAAUUAAAUAAACAAUUUCAAGCUUCAAAUUAUGAUUCUACGCAAGACAUUUCAUGAUGUGCGGUAUGCAAAGAAGUACAGUGUUGCCUUAGCCAAACCAUUAUCUGAACUUUUCAAUCAACCUAAACCAAAGUUCAAAUAUUUUGUCAAAAACCAAACUGGACUCUUUGGAGCACCGGAAUUGGUUUCAUUUGAGGGGUUUUAUGCAUUCAAGGAACGUACAAAAAUAGAUUGUGACAAUUUAAUUGAUGAAAUAUGCGAUUCCAAUCGCAAGAGAAAUCUGGUGACAAUUUUUGACCAGCUGUCCAAUAGUCUUUGUUGUCUUGCUGAUAUGGCUGAAUUUAUUCGUACAGCACAUCCAGACAAAUCGUUUGUUACUGCUGCUGAAGAUUGCUGUAUUUCAAUGAAUACUAUUGUAGAAAAAUUAAAUACAAACAAAGAUUUAUAUACAAAUCUGAAACAAGUAGUCCUUGACGGUGAUAAACAUCCUAUGACUGAAGAGGAUCAACAUGUUGCUGAAUUAUUUUUGUUUGAUUUCGAAUUGAAUGGCAUUCACUUAGAAGAAAGAAAAAGACAAUACGUUGUUAACUUGAAUAAUUUUAUUUUGGUUACUGGACAACGAUUCAUGAUUGCAGCAGAAAAGCCUAGAAUUGUAGAUCCUACUGGAUUGCCUGAUGCUGUUUCGAAAGUUCUUUCUAAAGAAUACAGCUCAGGAGGGAAGUUAAUAGUUGGACAUCCUAAUUCCCAUUCUGAAGAUCCAAUUUUGAGAGAAGCUGCCUUUAAGGUUUAUAAUGGUCCAAAUAGUGAAUCAGAAGAAUUGUUAGAUAACCUUUUAGAAAGCCGUCAUAAAUUGGCUUUGACUUGUGGUUUUCCAUCUUAUGCUCAUAGAGCCCUGAAAAACAGCAUAGCAGAAAAUCCUUAUUUUGUCAUGGAUUUCUUGAACAUCUUAAAUACAGAGCUAAGGAUUCGGUCAGUUUUUGAUUACAAGACUAUGAAAAGAGCCAAUAACAAUGAUAUGGUAUCACCAUGGGAUGUACAAUAUUUGACUAAUAAGAUUAAACAGAAUCAUCUUAAAUAUGCAAUGAUUGAUUAUGCGUCAUAUUUUUCUUUAGGCGAUUGUAUGGAAGGAUUGAAUAUGAUUUUUAAUAGUUUGUACAAUAUAAAAUUGGUGUUUGAAGAUAUAGAGCCAGGUGAAGGGUGGGCCGAACAAGUAUACAAGUUGGCUGUUACACACGAAACAGAAGGUUUACUUGGGUACAUUUAUUGUGACUUUUUUGAAAGAACAGGAAAAUUACACAAUGAUUCGCAUUACGUAGUUAGAGGAGGACGACAAUUGCCAGAUAAUUCUUAUCAAACCCCAAUUGUAGUAGUCAUGUUAAAUGUGGUGUGGCGUGAGAAUCGUGGUCCGGUCCUUUUGCAUCCCGGUUCUGUUGAAAAUUUAUUCCAUGAGUUUGGACAUGCAAUACACUCUAUGUUAGGCCGAACGCGUUAUCAACAUGUCAACGGUACACGCUGUGCAACUGACUUGGCAGAAUUUCCAUCGGUUUUGAUGGAAUAUUAUGCAACCCAACCACAAGUCAUAAAACACUAUGCCAAGCACUUUAAAACUAGACAACCCAUGCCGGAAGAUAUGUUGAAAAAAUUAUGUGCAUCCAAAUAUUUAUUUUCUGCUUCUGAAAUGCAGUUACAACUGUUUUACUCUGUACUAGACCAAUAUUACCAUACACAAGCACCACAACCAUUAAAUACAACUGAUUUGCUUGCAAAAUUACAAGUAGAAUAUUAUGGACUGCCAUAUGUUAAAAAUACGGCAUGGCAACUACAUUUUUCACAUUUUGUUGGUUAUGGCGCAAAGUAUUAUUCGUAUUUAGUAUCCAAGGCAUUAGCAGCACACACAUGGCAUACAUUAUUGAGUAAUGAUCCCCUAAAUAGAAUUCAAGGUGAACGAUUACGUACAGAAUGUUUGCAAUAUGGUGGUGGGAAACCGGCAAGAAAAUUAGUCUCAGAUUAUCUCAGAACUCCAGUAACGCCCGAACUCUUGGCAUCAUCUUUAAUACAAGAUAUUGAUCAAGGCACUGAACUCUCAAAAAUGUCUAUUACAUAAACAAAUAAUAAAAUCUUAACUUGGCUCAUAAAUAAAUUUUGAUUGAUUAUCAGAUUUCAAUAUUUUUAAAUUGUAAAAAAAAAAAUUGUGUAAUUUACUGAUAAAGACAAGCAAGUUGAACCUAAAAAGCACAUCCCUAGAGGUAAACAAAAUUAAUUUUAGGAAUGUGACUCCAAUUUUUGUCUCAAAUCAAUAUACCUAUUAUUUGUUAUUUAUAUUAUAUAAAUUAUGUAGUAAAAAAAUACGUAAGUGUUAACAAAAAUAUAGGAAUCGGUUUUCCAAAUUUAUGAGUUGUUUUAUAAUAAUCCAGAGGAGGGUUUGCCUAUGGUAACUAACCAAACUCGAAUGUAACAGUAAUAAAUAUAUAAAUAAAAGAUAGUCUGUUUUAAUUAUAAAUGUGUCUUAUAAAUAUUAAAAACAAAAUCAAUAAAAAUUAAAUUCAAAGUUAUAAUAUUGUUUUUCACUUAAUACAAAGUAUUUUUAUAUGGUUUAACAAUUGAAAGCUAGUACACAUUCCAUUGAUAAAAAAUAAUCAAGUGUACAUACAAAUUAAACAAAUAUAAUAUUUUGUUUUAGAUUCUGGAACUGUCGCUUAACAUGUAUGAUUAUGAUUGAACAAUUUAAAUAAUAAUAAUAAUAAAAAAAAU